ACUGACUUGACGUCUUUUUGGCUGCUAACAGAGAAGACAUUAUUAGACCACUCGACGCGCCUGUUUGGACAUUCAAUAAGCUGCAACUUUCGCUUCAGUACCAAGUGCUUCGAAAUAAAUCGUUCAACGAUCAUACACGUCUUUAUCACGCGACCGCUGACCCCAGCCCUACGAACCUCCUCCCGACUCCAGACCGAUUGCGGCUUCUACGAGCCGGUCCGACUGACAACUUCUGCCUUCAACUUAUCGACAGGCAGCCACCAACCUGAUCUCAUUUUUCCUGCAGACCAUCGUAGCUCAUAGGCUUGGUCAUCAUAAACGGGAACGACCGCCACCAUGCCGCUCACGUCGGCACAGAAGACAGCCGUCUCGCAGUUCGUGUCCAUCACCGGCGUCUCGGAGAAAGUCGCACAGAGAUACUUGAAGAAUGCUUCAUACAAGAUAGACCAAGCAGUAGAUGCGUUCUACUCUGCCACGGGCGGUGCAACUCCCAGUGCCAAUCGCGAGAUAGCCUUGAAGAAUCAAUUCGAGUCUCUGAAAACGUCUUCCGAGGAUGAGGCCGAGAAGCUUGGAGCGGAAAGUUCGAUGGAGUACCUACAGAAGCUUGGUGUGAACCUGGAAGACGCGUCGCUCUUCGUGGCAUUGGAGGUGAUACAGGCGGAGAGUAUUGGCGAGAUCAAGAAGUCUGGCUUUGUUGAGGGUUGGAAGGCCGUUGGUAUUGAUGGCACCAUACCGGCUCAGCGCAACUACAUUCAAACCCUUGUCAGCAGCCUGCGCUCUAAUCCAGAAGCUUUCCGCAAGGCCUACCGCUACACCUUCGUCGUUGGUAAAGAAGCCGACCAGCGAGCUCUUUCGAAGGAAAACGCCAUUCUGUACUGGGAAAUGCUCUUCAAGCCCCCCGGCCGUCCCUGGGUGGGUAAGAAGACGGGGAUCAACUUUCUACCUGAAUGGACAGCUUUUCUCAAUGAGAAGUGGACACGAUCAGUCAACAAAGACAUGUGGAACCAGACGCUCGAGUUUGCCCGAAAGUCAAUGGAUGAUGAGAGCUUUCACUUCUGGAGCGAAGACGACUCUUGGCCAGGUGUGAUCGAUGAAUUCGUUGAGUGGUACCGCUCGAAGCACGCUGGGAGCAUGGCAAUGGACGUUGAUGCCUAGGAGGCGAAAUCAAGGGGUAUUGCUAAAGACUCUAGACGGCAGAACCGCAGAACCUAGUCGACACGGACAUGGAAACCGGCUCGACAUAUUGUGACACGGGACGCCGAAUCUCACUCAACACCGAUGACUCGAUGGGAUUGUUGACCCCUGUAGUGGUCGCUCUUUGCAGCCUGAAGCAUGGUCUCUCCACACUUCAGAGCACACAUGGCCUUUGAACGAGGCACCGCCUACAAUAGACUAGAGCUUGCAUCACUAGCAGACAGAACAACAGUAUAUAUGCAAAGUUUCCGGACAGCUUGGCUUUCCUGUUGGUCCCGUGGCAAGGUAAUGGCUGGUAACGAAGGGAAAAAUCCUUGAGGAAGCGACGGACUCGAGCUCACAAUCCUCAGUAUACCUCGUUUGAGUACAAUGGACGGCUGAAUGAGACAUGAAUUCCCAUAAGCAUGUGCCGGAAUUAGUUCUAUAGUACCGCACUUGCUAUCACUGAAGUAAAACGCUCC